CAGGCUCUUAAAGGAGCCUUCCUGUUUAGUGCCAAGCGUGUUGCUGCAGCUGCUUAGCAGUGAGAGGAAUGCAUUCUGUUCGUGCUCAGGUGGAACGUCAUUGUAUUACCUUAUGGGCACAAGGGUCAUGGGCACAGAUGGGGAGUGCUAUUCAAUAGGAGUGGCUUGAGGAGAAGAGGCUGGACCACAAGAUGACCAGUGGCCACAAGAGGGUUUUUUCCUGCUUCUUUCAAAGGAGCAACAGCUUCUUCGUGCCUUCAGUUUUAUGCACAUACCACAUGAUGCUUAACGGCGUUGAUCAUCACAAGUCAAGCAAGGCGUUCAGGCUGAGCCAGCCCCUUUCCCCCACAUGCCUUCCAUUCAGGUUCUCUCCCUGCUUCCACCCAUCUCUGCCCCUUUCCUUUUCCUCCCCCAAGAGUGUCCUGGAAUGAAUGAGUUUGUUGACUCUCCUUCCAUCCUCCCAAUGCUUUUGCACAAAGAUGACCUGGAGUCAUGAUUUGCUUUUGGGCUUCUCUUGUUUCUAUGGUUACCGUCUCGGGGUUGGCUACUUUCCCAAGGUCACCAUGGCAACUAUCGGAAGGGAAUCAUGCUUGGGAUGCUUUGGCUGGGUAUCUUUUCUUUUUUCCCCCUUUUUUGUGAAUGAUUAGAAUGUGUGACACGAUGUAGACGUGGAUGGAGACAAGUUUUUUCUUCUCCUCCUUGGGUCUCGGGGUGGCAGAGGGAGGAGGAGACGCUCUGGCCAGACAGUCCUGCCGUUUCAUGUGUCUGGCACUGCAGCCUCCCUGAGACUGUGGUGCUUAGGCGCAACAGCCUUUCGUGUUCAGCCCCUCGGUUCUUGUGGCCCAGGCUGGCAGGGGAAAGGAAGCUGCUGUGAUGUCACAGCUGCAUUGCCCUCUGUUUCAGUGGUAGGUACGUGGCUCUUUGACAGCUGCUCCAACUGUGUCAUCCGCGCGGUGUGAUGCAGGUGAAGGCUCUGCACUGAGGUCUAGACAGGCAGACCGUCUCCUGUGCUGCUUUAAAGGGGUGUAGUUUUAAGUGUACCUGAGGUGAGAGUGAAGGGCAGCUGUCCUCAGCAGAGAGAUGGGAGGGGGAAAGGGCAUUGCUGUCGUGUCACAUCUCCACAUUGCUGAGAAGACGAGAGGGCCCUUAGGGUGAGAGGACCUUUACCAAGUGAGAAAGACAUUGCAUUUUUUCUCUUGCAACCUGUUCAUUCUUGUUUUGCCAUCUUGUCAUUUGUGCGGCAUCGGUCUUUCUUCUUUAAAAGGCAUGCCUUCUUUUAAAAUGUGGGCAAUGGUGGGCAGGAGGGGUUGAGAAUAUAGAGGUUUGUACACUUUUCUAAAUGGCUGCUUUAAAUCUUCUUGUAGGGUCAGAGAUAAAGAACAGGAGGCUAUGUCCAGUUGUUUUUGGUGAGCUUUCUGCAGGGUGGUGAUGCAGAAUUAAAAGUUAGGCUGUUGUUUGGCUUCUGCUUGUGUCUGUGUUCAAACCAUAUCCCCAGAUUUCUGCUAUUGGAAUAAAUCUGUGCAAAUUUCUAAGAUAAUAUUUGCAUGCUUUUUAAAAACUGCAAAUAUAAGAUAAAGCAACCAGCUUCAUUUGUUAAGAUCGGGGAAGGAAAAAUAGGUUUUAUGGAACAUAAUGGGAAAAACAGAACUGAGACAGGGAAGCAACAGUCUGAAUUCAGAAAUCCCAUGUCUCAAAUCAGUUGUUUGGGGUUCAGGGAUGAUUCAAUUUGCUGUCAAGACAUUUUAGUGACAUGCUUGUUAACAGUCACUAGUAAAAUUUACUUUUAUGCUCUAAAGUUGUUAUUGGCCUGUGUGGACACAAGGGUGUUGCAGGGAAGGAGUAUGAAGGUUGGGGUAUGUGAAACCAUGAGCUGGGACUCUAACUGCCACAGUCCUUUCUCUCUCCUGCCACAGCAUCACUCUUAUUUCUUACCAAGUAUGGAUUGAACCGACCUGCCUUUUUGUUCUUGAGUGAAUGCUGCUUAGCUUAUCUGCAAGCCUUUCCUGGCCUAACCAGUGAGAAUGUCGCCCAUAUUUCCUUCGGUCUCCUAGCCAUUCAGAAUUGCCCCAAAGCUUGGUGCUGAGCACAUGCUUUGCAAAUAGAAGAAUUCAAGUUCACUCCCUGCUGUCUCUACCUAAAAUGGACCCCGCUAGGAGGGCUGAGAAAGACCAGCCCUCGCCCAUCGCCCAUCAGUAGUCCAGAGAGAUCAAGUGUCUGAUCUACUGAGCUAGAGAGAGAACAGAGUUGCAAUUUCUGAGCAGUUCUGUCCAGGAGACUGUGCCCAGGUUAUGACGACUAAUCCAAAGCCGAACAAAGCAUUAAAGGUCAAGGAGGAGUCAGGAGAGAACGCCCCGGUGCUAAGCGAUGAUGAACUCGUGUCGAUGUCUGUGCGGGAGCUGAACCAGCACUUGAGGGGUCUCACGAAAGAAGAGGUCAUCCGCUUGAAGCAGCGGCGGCGCACACUCAAGAACCGGGGCUACGCCGCCAGCUGCCGUAUCAAGCGUGUGACACAGAAGGAGGAGCUGGAGAGGCAGCGGGUGGAGCUGCAGCAGGAGGUGGAGAAACUCGCCCGGGAAAACAGCAGCAUGAAGCUGGAGCUGGACGCCCUGCGCUCCAAGUAUGAAGCGCUGCAAACCUUUGCCCGCACAGUCGCCCGGGGUCCCAUCACCCCAACCAAAGUGGCUACCACUAGUGUCAUCACUAUCGUGAAAUCAGCAGAAAUAUCCGGCUCGGUUCCAUUUUCAGCAGCAUCCUAGUGUCCGUGGUGGGAGAACUAGCAGCCUUUUUGGAAGGGAAGGUGGGAGCCUACUUCCAUUUCACAGCCUGCCUUUCUGUAGAAUCAAAAGUCCAUUUUUCCAAGACCACCAAGUGGACUCUUCCAAAGGAAAACAUAACUGGCUGUUCCGCUGUGCGACUUGAGUCCUGUGAGUCUUUUGUGGCCAACAUUGGAUUCCAUACCUAGUAGUAUGAGUUGCUCAAAGGGUCUUGCACAGCUCUUCCUCAUAGCCUAAGUCAUAGGCAGCUCCCCAGCUGGGGGAAGACACUAGAGAAUGCGCUGGAAUGUUUUUGAAUGAAACCGAACAACCCGGAAAUGGAUGAUCAGAAUUGCUUGCUGUGGUGUAUGAAUGAUUGAAUGAAUGAAGAAAACAGCAUCUUCCUCCCUUCAAAAAUAAGAAUCAGGAGAAGAAGAAUGUCCUGUCACGGCCACCUUUCUAUCCAUCACAGAGAUAUAAAGCAGCUUGAGCAGAGAGUUCAUCAGAAUGUCGUGGGGUCGGGUCAGGUCUCUUCUCUCCACUUACAGAAAGGCUUCAUGGGUGAAUCCCUUGUUUACCAGUUGAUGUGACUGUUUUUCCACCCCUUCCCUCAUGUUUCCCCGGUGCCAUGAGGCCUAGCAAAAUGGAACAACAUCUACAAUGCAAAAAUGUUAGCUGCUUUCCCAUUAUGUGCCUGUGAAUUGGUUGUCUUUUUUAUUUAGUGUUGUUGGUCCAGUAACUCUCUCAUAAUAACAGCUUUUUAAUCCAAGUCCCAUAGUGCUGCGGGGAAGAAAAAAUGGGAAGCAAUUAAGAAAAGCAUGGGAUUUGUGUGUGUUGGUGGGGUGGGAAGAUGUUGUGAAAAAAAAAACUAGAAAAGGAACUGGUACAGUAGGGAUUGGUGCUCUCAGGAGCUAGAAAUCCUGCAAGAGAAGGGAAAAAGAUGCAAAUAAGCCACAGAAACAACACAUAACCUUAGAUCUAUAAUCUUUCUGACUUUGAUGGUGCUUUUUUAUGGUAUUCUUUAACAUCAAGAGGUAAUGCAUGGCAAACAUGAGAGGGCAGUGAAAACAAAACAAUUUUCUUUGGUAGAUUGGUUUGUAGUUACGGGUCCAAAUAUCUCCAAGGACAUGUGGUCCUAAAGAUACUCUAAAAACUCUGUAGGGCAUAUGCAUUAUGCAAAGGAAUGCUCAAGGUUUAAAAGUUGGGAUUAUUUGAGCAAAGUUGGUUGGGAUAUGUGUUUGCAGUUUGGAUUGGCUUAGUACUAAGUAGGAGAGGCAGUUGGAAGCAGGGAGGGGUGGAAACCUCCAUGUGUAUGUAUGUGAAGGAUGCAGAUGACAGAAAGCAUAGCCAUGUGUCUUGAACUGUUCCAGGCUAAGUAGGGUUAUUCUUGUGGAGGAGGAUGAAGAAAGCAGAAUAUUGUGGACUCCUCUGUUUAAGGAAUAGAGGAGUGGCUGAUGGCCAAAGCUACUUUGUAAAUGAGGUUCUUUAAAAUGUCAGCAAGGUGAAGGUAGAAAGGGAGAGCAGGUUUAAGGUUAAAUGGAAUUUUGUGCAAGUCACCUCUUUGCUUAUUCCCACUUUAAAUAGGACCCUGAGAGAGAGUUCUGCUUGCUCAUUUUUUCUCCAAGUUAUGAUCCUUCGGAGGGGCUCAAUCGCUAAUGUAAUAUUUAAUGUUUUCAGUGCUUCCCCACAGAAGAUAACUCCCCACACAAGCACCCCCAGUAAGCAUGCCAGAGGAAAAGCUAUCCUAAUUUUUUCCUUCACUCGCUCCUAGUAACCAGCAUUUGAUAAAUAUCAGUAACAACAUCUUCAUUACAAACAGAAGCCACACAUGGCAGAACACUGUUUUACAUGAAGAAGCAUUCUGACACCCAGUGUCUCACCUGCAACAUCUGUUGGGGUCCCUCUCUUCUGCGCAAGAGAGCAGCAGCAGGACCAAUGGUGGGCGCGGGCCGGGCUGUCUCGAUGCUCCCUCAUAUAAUAUACUCCCCUGGGUAUGACGUGGGUUUGAGGUCAAGAUGCUGUUUUCUAGAUGCUGGUUACCACAGCAGGGUGAUAUUUUAGUGAUGGUGGUGUGAAGCUCUGAGUAUGUGCCCACAUAGCUGGCAUCAGUGAGGGGACUAGGUCCCUGUCCCAUCCUUGGUUGCAAGUGUGCCUCCACAGGGGUAAAUUGGGAGCAGUCGUCUGCCCGAUCCAUGGUUGCUCGGUUGCCCACCAUUGGUGGUGAGUGGAGGCCAUACUUCCUCAAUGGGGUCGGUGACGUGUGGUCUAGCACCAGAGGAGGUUGGGCGAAUGUAGAUUUAUACUUGGAUACUUUUUGUAGUGGAAAAUAUCUCAUGUCAUCUAAUAGUUUUAGCUUCCUAUGCCAGUGCCAGAUCACAUGUAUACUCUUAACAAGCGUUAAUAAAAUCGAUGGUUACAGUCUUGUAACAACCAUGGGGGACGCCCCCACCCCCAACAGUAAUCUAUGCGAGACUUAAAUUAAUCCCAGACUACUGCUUUGGUGGCUUAUUGUUGAGUCAUGAUUAACUCAUUUGUACUUGUAACCUUCUAGAAGGCAAGUUAAUGUUCUGUGUUUACCUGUGCUGCUUUUGACUCCCUCAGCUGAAGUUGAGGAAGAAGAAAAAAAAGAGAUUAUAUAUUACUAUUAUCUCCUUUUAGAUGUAUUUUGGAAAAUCUUGGGACCUCUGCAAGCUUCUUGAGUUCUUACAGCAGAGAAAGGAUUUAGAAUCCUUGCACUGUUAGGGCUUUAAUAUAACAAAUAGAAAUGGCCAGUGUGGAUUUAAGGAUGCCUGAGCACUUCGUGUAUGUCACUGUCACCCCAGGAUUCAUUCUCAAGCAGGAAACUUGGUUCUGGCUCCACAGUCCAGGACCAUCUCAUAGCUGAAACUCUGAAAAUGAAGGGGUAGAAUUAAUCUUAGUUUCAUAGAAAGGAAAGACUUGGAGUUUCUAACUCCAAGCUUAAAGCUGCCAUAUCUAGGGAAGAAAUGCAUCACUAACAGGAGGAACUACUCUACCCAUCCCAUUGUUCUGCUGCCUUCCUCAUCUGCCUGUCCUUGACUGCUCUGCAGAUGGUAACAUCUGAUUAGUGAGUAGCCUGCAGCACUCAAACCCUCUAAGUAUGGAACUCGGAGUUUUCUCAUCUCAAAGUUAGAUGUGCAACACGUUCAGUCAACGUGAAGAAAGGAAUUUACCAUUUUUGAGUGGUGCUUGCUUGCAACUGAGGCAUAGACAAAUAAUAGCUGGUUUUAAAAUAUUUAAAAACUGAUAGACAUCUUGAUGACUGUAGCUGUAUCGAAAUCCUAUUUGUGACCCGUGAAGCUAGGAUUUCACCCUAAGGGUUUGUAUACACAGUGUGUUUGACCCAUUGCUUGCUGUUUCAUGGCAUGUAAACCAUCAAAUAGUUGCUGCAGAAUUCCUGCUGGGGAACUGCUGGGAGCCAAACCUGUCAGCUGUGCUUAGAGCCCUUCUUAGUAGGUAGCCCAUGUCCAUGUUGGACCUUCCCCAUAUUGGACAUUGCCACUUCUCUGCUGUGUUCCUUUCACCUCCUCCCCAGCAGCUGCCAACACCCCAACCUCCGCUGCCACGUUCCUUUAAGCUACCACAAUGGAUGGAUGAAUGUCCUGAGGAAACGCGUAAGCCACUCAUGCUGUCAUGCCCAUAGCAUCAGGACAAGCCAUGUCACUUGAUGGGCCUGGCACAGCAAGCUGAAAAGGUAGGGUUGGUUUUCCCCACCACUUGACCAGCACUCUGCUAGGGAGAAUUUCUCCUAAGGCAGGCAGUAAUCCUUUGCAGGGUAACUGUGCCUUCUCUCAGUAGUUAACUUGAGAACCAAGAGUAGCUUCUGUUGGGUAAACCACAACCAAGCAAAAAAACUGGGACUGUGUAUCUUUACAGUUCAAUCAGGAGCAAGAGGCCUAAGGCAUAAUUAAAGCUGUUGAUACCAUAGUCAUGGUAGGUAAUCCAUAUUGGAUAUCAAUAUAAGGACCACAUGAAAAUAUUUGAGAGAUACACGUAUAGAUACAGAUAUAUAUAGAUAUAUAAAUAUAUAAUAAAUGCAUAAUUAUAUACAUUUUAUCGUACAGAUUUUUUUGUAAAGGAUACUGGGUCUUUUCAGUGUGAUAUUGUCAGUUUUCUUAUUUAAUAGUGUGUGUGUGUGUGUGUGUGUGUAUAUAUAUAAAUAUAUGCAUGCCUGUUUCUGGCAGGGUUGGAGAAGGUGCAAAAAAAGCUGAUUAGUUCUCCGACGAUGCCCAGAGGAGUCAAAAAGACAUGCAGUUAUUGAUGGAAAGAGUCUGAAAACUUUUGCCAUAGUUGUCAUUCAUCUUGGCUUGUUUGGAUGCCGGGGCAGAAGCCAGUAUUACCCAGCCGAUGCAGCCUCCUUUCAGGGGCACAGACAGUGGGGAGCCUUGCAAAAGUCCCACUCCCUCCCUCGAAUAAUGGGAGUUGCAGGAGAGCUGUGUGGCUUGUGUCAUACGCCACCCGAGGAGCACUUGUUUGUGCAACCGUUCUUCCACAUGCAGAUAGCUCUUGCUUUAGGGAUGCCGCCCACCUUACAUAAUUCACAUAGGAGGCACAUGAUUGUGAGCAAUGAUGUGUGCGAACUACCACCUAUGGUGAUUGCACAUGUGGGUUUGCGGAUGGGUGUAUGCAUACAUUUGGAGUGUAAGGGUUACUACGCUACAAAAUGCCCAUCGUGUACUCUCUAAUAAGGCUUCACCCAUCCUCCUUCACCUCGCCCUCCGGUUCGUUUCUUCAUCCCUUUGUUCUUGGUUUUGUUUUCAGAUGGCAAGCAAAGAGAACCAGCACGUGUUGGCUUCUCAUAGGCCAUGCCAUGGGGGAGCUCCUUUCUAGCUCUUGCUUGUUUUCAGUGAGGCUUUCAAGAGAACUCCCCGGUGGAUGGUGUCUCCUUUAAAGAGGCCCUGGAAUAGCCCCUGGGGUGGCCCUACUGUCCCACACUGGGUUCACGUCACGAGGGCCUAAUCAUCUGGGCCUUUCUGCCAUGUUUGGCACUUCUCGGCCUGCUCAGCUCUCGGAGUGUGGUGGGGGUUCAGGCGUGCGUGUGCAUGCCUAACGCACUGUGACGCCUGCGUUAGAUAUGCCUUGCCAACAGGGCUUCCAGUGCCAGUUCUGCUUUUCACUGAGAUUUUUUCGUGGGCUCCACAUUCACCUUCAGUCUCAAUAUGUGUAAGAGGCACAGGUGAAAGGGCUAAACAGAAGUAUCCAAAGAUAAAUGGUAAUCCAUGGGUAGUCAGUUGACUACCUGCAAGGAGAUUUUGGGUACGGGUCCAACAGCUAACCGGUUGGAUUGCCCUGGUCUCUGCUGCUGUUUGACUGGGCCAAGAGAAAAUUUGCUUUGGCAAAAAUUGAGCAUAGCAUAAUGACUAUUCUACAAUAUUCAAGCUACUGAGACUGAUGGCGUUCUGGAUUUAAUAGACUGACUGUUGUGGUGGAGGCUAAUUUUGAAUGAACCCUGUUGGGGGGAUAGGAGCUCUUUGCAGGUAAUAAUGCUAGAACAUUAGGGAAAGAACCUUUCCAAAGAUUGCUAAAUCUUUCUCCCUUGUAUGUUAAUGAUACUACAUGCAGGGAGGUGUGUGUGUGUGUGUGUAUGCAUACACACACAGGGGAGCAUUUAAAAAGCCCUCCCACCAGUGGUUCAGUCUCAAAUUCUACUUCAUCAGCUUACCAUUUCGAUCCACGUAAUGCAUUGAAUGGCUCUUAGAUAUGUCAAAGUGAUAAACCAAAUUACUGAUGAUUGCAUGGGGAAAAGCAUGUGUGGAAGGCACUGAAAAAAUAGGUAGAGCAGCCAGGCAUGGGGGUUUAUUCAUGGGAAAAGUGCAAAAGGAGUUUGGGUUACCGGUGGGUCCACAGAGCUCAAAAAAUUAGCCCCCUACUCCCCAAAAAUUCACCUAGGGUGCAAUCUUACCCAUUUUAGACAGAAAAAAGAUUUCAAAUCCCAGCAUGCCCCAACGAGUCAUAGGAGUUUGUGGGCUUUCUUCUGUCUGAACAUGUGUGGGAUUGUGCCUUCAAGCUUUAUGACUACUUGAUUUUAAUAUUUAAGGAAAGAAGCCUUUUUAAGUGUGGAUUCCUCCCCCACAACCUUUAAUACAUGCUUUGGUGGGCUAGAGCGUGUUUCCAUGGAUGGCAGAUCCUAUUGCUUCUCUUCCCCAUCCCUAAAAACUUAGACAAAUCUGCUGUGUUUUUUUUUUUAAUCACUUGUCCAUUGUAUCCUCUGUGGUUUACUCAAUUUGAUUUCAUUUCAAUAUUUAUUUUUGUGCUGCUUUUUAUUAUGGAAUAAAUUAUUGAUAUAUCAAGUAAUGUGAGUGGCUGUUCUGUCAGGUGUGUACACUGUGUGUGCGUGUGUCCAAUCUUUUUUUCUUUUGACAAACACAAUGUUAAUUUAUUGCUGUAAAUUUUAAGCCGCAAUGACGCGUUUGUUUUGUACCUUUCCAAUAAAGCUUUUUCUGGUUUCAGAUCCAA